CGAGACUCCUUUUUUUACGACCCCCACGCGGUUCAAGCUUCAAGUCCGUGUGCACCGAGGACUGUGGUUCAAUGGUUACAACAAGAUCGGCCACUCGUGUAGUCCGCAAUGACUCCCCAAGGGUAAUGGUCUCAAAUCCAGGAAGGCUUGUCCCUCAAGCUAGUACUACUAGUGAUGAGGAUUCAGAAGACCCUGAUAUUGCUCCGCGCCAUGUCAAGAAAAAAUCCAGGAAAGGCGGGGGUCACCGCGCCAAAACGAAGUUGAAGCGCCGUGGACGACUCGACCUAAUGCCCACCAUGAACUUAGAUAUUCUAUUUCAUAUACUCAGCUUUCUCCUUCCAAUAGACCUCUUGAAUCUAUCCCGAACCAGCAAGGACUUCCGAAAUUUAUUGCUGCAACGAUCAUCCGCUUCCGCUUGGAAAACUGCCCGCCUCCAAGUUGAUGACCUUCCCGAUUGUCCUCAAGACAUAAGUGAACCACAGUAUGCAAAUCUUGUUUUUUACCCUCAUUGCCAUGAUUGCGACAGAGUUGUCCGAUCCGUUUUAUGGCCACUUCGGGCACGGUACUGCCCCGGAUGCAUCGGUGAAAACACUCUUGAUCAGUGGAGCCCACGAAGCCGCAUCCCAUGGGCGGUAAAUCUCAAUUCAUAUGACUUACCGCAUGCCAAUAUAUAUGGAACGGGUCGACCCAAGCAACUGUUCCUCAAGAAGGCAUUUGAUGAACUACUUGCCGAGCACUCAAAAAUGCCAGCGGACGAGAUAGCAGCUUUGUUGUCUAAGAAGCGAAAGCAUGCUGCUGAGGUUAUGAAACAUGCAGAGCAAUGUCAGCAGUGGUCACAGUCUGUUGCAAGUUCUCGCAAACAUGAACUUGACGCCAUUAGACGCAGUCGCCAGGACGAUAUUGUGACUCGCCUCACUGAAGCAGGCUACGAGCCUGAGUUGGACUAUGUGAGUAGAUUUUGGUUGCAAGAUCAUCUGGGGACAUCGUUCAAGGAACCAAAACCUCUUAAUCAAAAAUCGUGGGAUCGUAUGCGCCCAGGUUUGAUUACAGCACUUGAUGAUGUCAGGAUCCGUCGCAUAGAAGCUAAAGUCUACGGUCCUCGGCGCCAGAUUCUGAUGGAUGAAUACAAGAAGUACCUCCAGCGCCCCCCUCCCCCGGACGCAGCAUUUGACAUGAUGCCCCAUGCCGUCGAUGUUGCAGAAUUCGACCCCUUCAGAGUUCUCAUCAUGUCACCUGAAUCAGCCACAAUUACCGCGACUUCAUUCAUCUCUGCUUUUCAGCAGCUCCCGGACUUUAUAUCCUCCUGGAGAGCCAAAAUUGAUCACGAAUUUUUAGACCUGAUCCGUUGUGCAGAAAGCGAGGGCGAUAGUAGAAAACAGGAGGAUGCGGAUUACCUGCAGCUGGCGACUGCUGUAUUCGUUGCUGAAUCUGGCAGUGAUCGUCGUCUACUGAUGUAUCCAGAGGUGCUGUCGUGGCCUGGAUUUUUUGUUCCAGCAUCUGCCAUGCUGGAUGACGAGGUCUACCUUCUACAAGUGAAACAGUUCGGGUGCCGGAUGUGGUCCGCCGUUAGACAUCUUCCUCGGAUCAGUAUUUUCGAAGGAACUGCAGCUGUCGUUCAGGCCGCCAGUCUUGACCCGAAGACUACGCGUCGAGAGGACAUGGAUAGACUAAAUGCUCGCUUUGCAUGUGGAAAGUGUUCCACGCCGGGCAGAAAGGUGGUUAUGACAUGGGACAUGGCGGUGAUGCACAGCUAUCGCUUGCACAGAGAUCUGCAACCUGAAGAGAUCCAGUGGACAAUGAUAGAGGGUGACGAAUUGGAAAAUGUCAAAGAUUAUGAAAAAGAAGCCAAACCUCUUGUGAAGGCAGAUGCUAUCGUGUAUUGCGCCUUGUGCCAGCAUCAUGUGCGCGAUGCCAUGUCACUUAUUUUCAUCCAGAAUCAUUUGGCUGAGAUGUAGGUCCUUUCCUCCGGAAGUAUAUUCAUGCUAACACUGUCACCAGUCAUGGGAUUCCUUUGGAUAUGGCCGAACAAAGCGCACACUACAUUCCUGACCGCAAUUCAACAUCUGUGAUUUCUAUGGUUGUGGACAGCGACGGCAACGUAUCGAACCAUACUGAUCAUCGCUUAGUUCCGUCGUACUCCAGCGGUAUAGAAAUCCUUUACUGGAAGAGUCACUUAGUGUAGUACAUAAUUCCUAUUCGUCUCAUACUUUACAUGCGUGGCUGAAUACUUAUUGUACAACAUUAAGUAUGAUUUGAACAUAUUAUAC